CAUGUACCAGAUUUUUAUUGCCGUGCAUUUCAUGCCUUACGAAACAAGAAGUUAAUCGUGCAUACUGCGGAUUUUGCACGUUUAAAAAAUAAUUAUGUCUUCACGUAAAAAAGGUAAAAAAACCAAGGGACAAACUCUUGCAUUGACAGAGUUUUUGGGAGGAGCUCCGACAGUCCCAAUCAAGUCAACUAACUGGGCUGACGAUGUUGAAGAUGAACAUGAUUUGGGAUCAUAUAUGUCAAGAAGCAAUAAAGAGCCGGUUGUUUUACCAACGGCUCCCCGAGCAGCUCGUGGACCAGGUGUUGAUGAAGAAAACAUCCCGACGAAUCCACCUUAUGUUGCUUAUAUUUCAAACUUACCUUACGAUGUAAUUGAACAAGAUCUUGCUGAUUUCUUUGAGGGCAUGGAGGUGUCCAAUAUGCGUCUUCCCAAAGAUUCAACAAAAUUACGAGGGUACGGUUAUGUUGAAUUUGCUGAUCGUCAAAGUCUUAUUGACGCUCUUUCAAUGAGCAACACAAUGAUUAAAACACGACGUGUGAGAAUUGAGGUGUCUAAUAGUAGCAAUGAAGAGCGUCGAGGUGCUGGACGUAUGGGAAUGGGUCGUGAUAAUCGUCGUGAUGGAUACGAUGAUCCUGAACGAACGUCUGGAGACUGGCGUAGUAAACCACGAGAGGAACCAUCAGGUGGAGAUGAUCGUUUCCGUAGUCGUGGAUUUGAUAAUCGUGAACGACGAGAAGAGCGAGAAAUAGAUAAUAAACCUGGUGGUUGGCGGGAGGGUGAUCGUAGUGGUCCAGCUUUUAGCGAGAGACGUGGUUAUGAUGAUAGACGAGGUGGUGGAUUUAAAGAUGAUGAACGUGGUGGAUCAUCGUUUGGUGAUAAACGCGGAUUUCGCGAUGAUGAUAAACGUGGAUAUAGAGAAGGGGAAGGUCGACGUGGAUACCGAGAUGAUGAAGGCCGUCGUGGUGGAUUCAGAGAUGAUGAAAAAGAACGUGAUUGGUCACGAGAUCAAGCACCUAGUACUUGGCGUUCUGAACAAUCUUCUAGGCCUGCCGCUGAAAAUCCUCCAUCAGCUGAACCACGUACAAGGCCAAAAUUGAACUUGCAACCACGUACUAAACCAAUAGAACCGAUUGCCGUGGCAGAAGAAUUAAAAGUAGAAGAAGAAGUAGAAGCAGUCAAAGAAACUGCAGUUGCUCCAGCUCCAGCACCAGUACCAUCAGUUAAUAUUUUCGGAGCUGCUAAACCCGUUGAUACCACUGCUAGAGAACGUGAGAUUGAAGAACGUCUUGCUAAAGCUUCCGCUGAAAAAGCAAACAAGUCUGAUGAUGGGGAGAAUAGAGAAAAUAAAGCAACUUGGUCAAAGCGUAAUGGAGAAGGUCGUGUCGAACGUGAAAAAGAAAAACCCCGAUCUGCGUGGCGCUCAGAUCAAGAUUCUCACAGAGGAAGGCAAAUGGAUAAACGUCAAGAUCCUCCUCGUGGAAAUGCUUCCGGACGCUAUGAACAUCGCGGUGACUCUCAAGGAGAUUCAAAAGGUCCAUCCAGUACACGAUCUGGAAAUUAUCGUGGGGAUGGCAAAUCCAGUGACUCUCGUCGUCACCCCGAAAAAGAACGUAGGUCCAAGGAUAGAGAGGAUAUCGUUCCGCCAAUGCCAAAAGCCACUGAUGAAGAAACUCCCAACUUUGUGGCUUCCAAUAAAUAUUCCAUGCUACCAGAAGACGUGGACACUGACAAUAUUGAUAAUUAGUUUUGCUCAUUCAUGAUUAAUUUAAAUUGUGCCACAAUAAUCAUGAUUACUAAAUCAUUUAAAUCAGAAAUAAUUUGUUUUAUCUGCAAUGAUGAAUUUAUAAUAUAUAUAAACAGCGCACGUUUGCGACUGAACGCGUGAACUAUUUUUUUUUCUUUGAUUAAUACAUUUCACAUUUUAUAAUUCGCCUAUUUUACAAUUUAUGUUAUUGAUUAAUAUUAUGUGUAUCUAUUCAUCAAUUUAAUCAUAUAAAGUGAU